CAUUCAAAAUGAAAAAGUUCAUCGAAACCACAAAAAAAAAUAAAGACAGAAAAGAUCCCAAAAAGGAAAGUCGACAAAAUACGAAUAUGGAAGAGGAUCAGCGACCAUGGACCAACGUAUGUCCAGAGCUCUUGGAUUCCAUCUACAAGAGACUUCCAUCCCACGUCGAUGGUACACACUUCGGCAACGUUUGUAAGAACUGGCAUCGAGUCCACUCCCGCAUCGCACUUUCUAAUCCACUACCGGUGUUCAUCAAACGUGCAAAAUUGACCAGCUCAGACGUCAUCCAGGUGCAAGAGGGUGGGCGACUUUUGCUAAAACGGCGUCGUGAAUCUCUAAUCCCGCAUUGGCUUUCGGGUGCAGAAAUAACGAUCAUCGGGAGGGCGGGUGCGUGGUUUCUUAUAAAAGUGAAUGACAUUUACUUGGGUUGUUACAAUCCUCUACUUCGAACUCCUGCAGACUACAUCAGACUUCCCCAGCCGAGUUGGCAUUUUUCUAACUCUAAUUGUCAUCACACACCAGACACAAAAAUCAAAAUUGCUUUUUCAGCACUACCCACUGCUCCCGGCUCGAUGAUCCUCAUGGUGUAUGCAGACCUCUAUUUCAGCGUGCUUCGUCGUGGGAAAAAUGGAUUUGAGCAAAAAACAUAAGAUUUUUCUUUGCGUGGUAAAAAAGGACAAAUUUGCCUCGGUGUGGGUUAUAAAGAUGGAAGAUUCUUCUGCUUAUUUGAAAUGGGGGAUAUGUUGAUCUUCAGCGCCGACAAGAACGAGAUGAGGAUGUUGUUGGCAGCGAUUAAGCCUCUCCUUCCUGAGAAACUCUCUCGAUGGAAUGAUUUGGGUGUUAUGGUGGUGGUUGAAAAAAUAGUCAUGACUGCAGAUGAUCGAUAUCAUGAGGAACGAGAAAUGCUUAUGUUUAUCACUUAUUGGGAGCGAGAUUAUGAGGCAAGUGAGAAGGAUAACUUUCGGCUGGUGGGAGUGGACGAACAAGUUAUGACGACAAUGCGUGAUCUAUUAUUUGAGAAUGAUUAUGAAAAGGCAUUUCUGGAGGAUUGGAGCAACAAGGGAUUUAUUUUAGUGAAAGAACAGUUGCCAUUGAAGAUGAAUUUGGAAAGAUGUUCCUUGAAUAUGGUACUAUUUAUUGUUUCUGAAGUAGUUCUCAGUUUUGGUUUUAUCUUAAUCCUUGGAUUCAAAAAUUGAUUGUCAAGUUAUUCCCUUAAUUUUAUGGACAUAAUAAGGCAAGUUAAACCUAACAUUUAAGAGUUGUGAAAGGAUAGGAAAUGUUAUGAUAUUUUCUUCUUUUCUAUUUGUGUUUGUUGCUAAAAGAACGAACUGGAGGACAAUUUACUGCAAGGCGCAAGCUAGGUUUGCAGGCCAACCCUGCUACCCCUUCACUUGUCAUUCAUUGGCUCAAACUUCUUUCCUUUUUCCAUUUUUAUAAGUUGGAUAACAUAUGCAUGCAUGGUGUUGGAUGAGAGAUUCUCAACCCUAAUAGUGUUAAAUCUUGACAAUUAUAAAUACAAAAACAUCAACUUUGCUUAAUUUGCACAAGUGUUAUAUAAUGCACAAGGCCUUUAAGAUACUCUGACCUAUCACAACCUCUAGGACGAUACCAGAAAAUUUGUGAAAACAUGACAAGUAAUUAAGUAUAAAGACUAAUUGUAAGCACAAGAUCUACCAAUUUAUCAUACAGGCACAUUAUUCGACCUAAGCGAGCGAGAUCCGGUUUAGAGAAACGUCUAAUAACAUCGCAUAUUCACAUUUAUUUGUACAUGCAUCAAACUCAUCGAUUAUUUGAUCGCGUGGAACGUAUUUGUCAUGUACUUCACAUAUGGAAAAGUGAUCUUCCCAUAGCUAACCAUAACAUAGCAAUUGAGUAUUAGUUUCACAAGCAAAUAAAUUAUCGAAUCAGGAUUAUAAGAGCACAUUUGAUGUCCGAGUCAGUAACCAAUCAAGUUAUUGUCUACUAUAUAAUAGAAUGCAAGUUCAGGAUAUUUGAAUUCAGAGGGAGCUUUAUAUAUGUAGACAUGCUGAACAUAGAAAUGAAGAAAACCAAAGUGAAUGAACUAAACGAUAUCCUGUGAAAUCCUUCCCUAGGAAGGAUGAUAUGGAUGGAACUUCGAUUGGAUUUCGUGUAUCUCCUCGUCGGCCCCAUCUAUUCCCUACGAAGGAAGGAUUAGGGACAGUCAAUUUGUCUUGGAGAAGCCGGAAUCAAAAACUCCUAAUUGUGCAAUUGGUCACCGAAUUUUGUAAAAUUGCUGCCGGAUUAUGGAAAUUUGAAAUUUCCCGACGACGAGAAAUUUGGGAAGGCUGAAUUGCGACAAAUUGAAGCUGGAAGGAGGCUGGGAGUUGCUGGAACUGAUUCCUGGGAUCCAGGAAAGUCGAUUACGAGUGGUAGAUUGGAACGAGCAAGCUUCAAGAUGAAAUUCCCAAAUUUGGAACACUCGCCGGAAAAUUUGAGCCUGUCGGAAAUUGGAGAAAUGCAGCGACGUGUUCUGUGUUUGAUUGAGCAAAUUUUUUGCGUGAGAAAGGUCCAUUGGAGUCCCACGAACAUCAUAGCAUUCGAAUCGUGGAAAACAGCAGCAAGAUCACAAGUUGACGAUGGAAAAAAAUCAUUCCCAUUGACAAAGAAUGAUCGAUGAAUCACUUAUAUACUACUAUGGUAUAAUUAUAUGAACUCUCAAGCAUUAUCAUCAGGUUUUUUGUUCAAAAUAUAUCAAAGAGGAUGUCAUUUUUAAGAACACAACUAAUCUGAUUUGUGUGUGAAAAAAUGAAUUACGACUUAAGAUGAAAAUGAUAUAGCCUACUAAAAUUAAUAGAGAAGGAGAAAUAACCAUGGUUUAUGCAUCUCUAUCUGGACCUUGGUUACCUAAAUGGGUUUGUAUGUUAUUAGUUGAAUAAAAUAACUAGGAAGACUGGUAUGUAUAUUGUGAUAUUAAUCCGUCGGUAAUAGAACUAGGAUUACAAUCUAUCUAAAAGCCAACAAAUUGAAAGCGACCUCUCCAAAUCAUUCAACAAAAACAAGAUGGCAUUCUCGUUCGAGAAAAUAUUAUCGUUACUUUGAAAUUUCGCAUCCAAAUCUACAAAAUAAAAAUCUAUCAAAUAUCAAAUCUUGCAAAAAGUUUGGAGUUCUCUUUGAAUCUGACUAUUCAUCCACGAUGGUUAGUAAAAAUAAAUGAUAUUAUUGACC